AUGUAUUCAUGUCUUAAACUCUCCCUCUCGAUAUUUGGGCUCCUAGCCCCAAUCCUUGGCCAUUCAAAGCCGGUGCCUCAGCGAGUCAUUGGCGUCUCGGGCAGUCCAGAGUUUAUUUGUGCCUUGACUGCCGCGGAUCGCACUACAUGGGAUAAUAGCGGCGCUUCUGUUUUUCUUGACAAUUUUGUACGAGAACAGGGGGUUAGGAAUUGGGCCAAUAACCUCGAUCAGAGAACAACAGCAGGAGGAACGAUAGCAGAUUCGAAUUUGGAUUGCACUGAUCUUCGGACCGGAAACUGUCGAUCACCAAAUGUUCUUUGCACUCAAUUUACACCACCCCAGGUUUCUUUCAUUAGAAAUGCAAUGUUUACUUGUCACAGUUUACUUCGGGCCUACCAGGAGGAACUCCAAGACGCAAUCAUCAACGAAAUCCUCAUGGCAGGCGGCCUAGUCUCAGACUUCGGACAACCAGCGGAACAAGGGUACAGCAUUUUCGGUGUUCUGGCCGGAGCAUUUACUAUCGCAGCUGCAGCUGGUGCUGCAAACCCUCUUAUCGGUGGACCUUUGACCGCUGUAGCCGGUAUUUUCGGUAUUCUGGGAUCCUUCCCCGAUCCAACGGAUGCGGACAACCUGAGAAAUGACAUCGAUGCGCGAUUAGCACAGGCAUUUACUGCUUCUCGUGAUCAGGUCUCUAAUUUGGCGCAGACAAUAUUUGGAGGUGUCGAUGAUACAUCGUUGCUUGCGAGAAUUUCGCCGCCAGCGACUAACUCGGAGACCACGGAUGUUGGAAGAUUUUUCUCGGGCGGCAGGUUUCUCAUCCCCGCGACGGUCAAUCUUGAUAUGGAGGUUCGGGCUGUUGCAGACAGGGGUAUACGCUUAGUUAGGCAAGCACUUGUUAUUCGCGCUCUUAAGACACAGGGUUAUUUCGUUUGGAUCGAUACCGGCGCAACCACCUUCGAAGCUUGCACACCAACAGGCUCUCGUUUCAUGAACGGGAAAUGCUACAAGAUUGCCAGGUUUGCGAGUAGCCUACAAUCCAGAAUCGAGGACAUUCCAGCCGAUACUGUCUUAAAAUUCGGCAAUGAACAAUACAACAUCGUCAUCGAAGACUUUUACAACAACGCGGAAGCCUGUCAAAAUGCAAAUCCGAACUCAGACGGACAGGCUCAGUUUGAGGGACUCCCUCUUGAUGGAACCUUACCACAAUGCUUCUUCAAUAUGAGAGUUAGGACGGGGAUGCGAUGUAUUUUGUGUCAGAUUUCGAACUGUGGGGAGUUCAUAUUGAACCAAUGCCCAUAG